AUGUUCGCUGUUCUCUUCUUGUGCGUCGGCAUUGCUCACGUGAGAUUUUCUGUAGAAUCUCAACUUAUUGAAAAUAUGAAUAAUUUCUGAAAUAAGUAAAGGAUGAAAACUUAUAAAAGCAAUUUUUCUUCGGCAGACUUUUAGAGUUUUUCUACAGAAAAUUUUUCGGAGAAACAAUUUUUCUUGUAAUGUUUCAAGCACUGAACAGAAAUGCCGAUUUUUUAAAGGACCUUGAUGACUUUUUUAAAUCUUAUUUCAAUCAAAUUAAAAACUCCGUCCAUAAUUGGCUUAAGUAAAAGUAAUAAAGAGCAAAAAAUACCUUUUAAACUUCAUGGGUAUUGGAAGAUAGUGUGUUUGAAAUUUAAAAAAAUUCUAUAUUUCGGAUUUUUUUAGCUGAUUUCUCUUGUAGGAAAUUUUUUUAAAUCUUUGUACUGGUCGUCUUCGAAUAUAGUGAGUUUUGAGCAGAUCUAGGAAUAUAUAUUGGCAACCGUCCCCUAGUUAGGUCUAUCGUCAGUCAAAACUGAAUCCGAGAGUUUUUUCGAUCAGCAAAGAUUCACACCAAGAAUAACUGUCGCGUUGAAAGCGAUGUCGCUGGCGGUACAUUGACGGUCUCGCAAAAAUGCUGGGUUGAAGCCGCGAUCCCGCAUUUUGGAUAAUUCUAAUUUUUCUGCUAGAAAUGCGAGUCCGACGCACCGAGAUAGCUUUUCUCUCGCGCAAGACCAGGCAGUUAUCAUUAAAGCAUGAACGUAAUAAAAUUAUAUAAAACCCGACAAAAUCCUCAGAAAUAAGUUUUGCAGGCUUGCGCGCCAACAGGAACGUCGACCGCCGGGGUGUUGCCGACGAGUUGUCCGAUUUCCAAUCAAAUCAUCAACGUCGCCAAGAAAAUCUGCGAAUGUCCGACGAACAUGAAGCCGAACGCCGGCAACACUGCCUGUGAAUGUUCUAGCGACAACUUUGCCCUCAACUCCGACAACAACGGCUGUCACUGCAAACUCACUGGAAACGUUGAACCUAUCACUUGCACCUGUAAAGGAGCCAUCCCCUCGGCUGGAAGUUCCGUUUGCCCCACUUGA